CUCCAACUCAGUCUCAUCACAGACAUCUCCUUCUAGCGGACGUCCCAGCUCAGACAAGCUGUCAGUCAUGUCCACAGCCGCUCCACCAGCCCCAUCUUCUGCUACUAAAAGGCCAAGACGGAGGUCCAAGGGCAAGAAGUCAGGAGCCAGCAGCGUGUCUGAUCUGAUCCUCAAGGCCUUGUCUUCUUCUAAGGAGCGCGGUGGCGUCUCUCUGGUCGCUCUGAAGAAAGCUCUGGCUGCCAGUGGUUAUGAUGUUGUGAGAAACAACUCGCGCGUCAAACUGGCAGUAAAGCGACUGGUGGCCAUCGGUCGUCUGAUUCAAACCAAAGGCACUGGAGCAUCUGGAUCAUUUAAGAUCGGCUCGAAAGCUGCUACAAAGCCUAAGAAGCCAAAGGCGAAGAAGGCGAAGAGGGCAAAGAGAAAGACGACUAAGAAACCUGCUGGGGCAAAGAAAUCACCCAAGAAGAGGAGAAGUUUGAGAAGUCCUGAAAAAACAAGCGAGACAGCUGCGGUCAAGAAGACCACAAAACCCAAGAGAGCCAAACGAAGAGCUUCCAAAAAAAGCAAACCGAAAACUGCCAAAAAGUAAUUGACAGGAUAGCUAAUAACUGUUGUUCAUAAUUUUUAAAGGAAUCUUGCAUCCUUUUAAUGCUUGUAAAAAUAAAAUAAUUCUUAAUCUACAAUACAA